GCCCCUCUCACGUUAACAUGGCCUCCGAACUCGACGCUGAUCUCUAUGGCGACCUUUACGGCAACGACGAAACGGAUGUAGCCCCGGCCCAGGACUCACAAGACUACGUAAAAGAAGAAGACUCAACAUCCGCAGAACAUCUUCCUGAGCCCUCACCAAAACCCAUCGCGAGUGCCGUUCCCGCGUCGGCACCCAUUAAGCAGCAGUCUCCUGCACCCGCGCCCAUCCCCUCAUUCACCUCUCAACCGCAACAGCAACACCAGCCGCAAGACCAGUACAUGCAUGACCAGGGUGCCGAUACAAACGGUGACUUCCAGCAGUACCAGGAGAUCCCGACGUACUCGUCACAGCCGCAGAGCAUACCGACGUAUCAGCAGGAGGACGACGGGAGCGAUCUCGCCAAUGGCUACAACCGCCAGCGCAUGCCCGAACGCAGCGUGCGACCCUCGGAGAUGAAAGACGAAGGGUAAGCCACUCGUUUCCGCCCCCCCUUUGCUGACUCCAGGUGGAUACUCGUGCCCUUGCUGCUUGGUGGAUCGCGUGCAAUGAUGCCUUCGCCUCUCGGGGCCCGACGCCCUGGUCGGCCUGACGCGUGGUCCUGUGGCUAUGUGGAACGGGAUGCGUCUGCUGUAGUCGGUCGUCGUCGUCGCCUAGCACUACUCAGCUACCCUAUCAAGUAGGAGUAUGCUAGUUCCUACCACCACGUAUCAGCGUCGUAACACCUUCUAGGCUAGGCUAGGCUAGCACCGCUCCCAAGAGCGCCGUAGCGUCCACGUCGUCUCUCCUUUGCUUGCUGUCUGUCAAACCAGAUGUCUCUACAGAAACUAAUACCAUCUCUGCUCUCUUUCUAUAUCACGUCGCGUCCCUGUCCCGUCUCGUCCCCCGUGAACCUCGCACCGUCUACGUGAUCGCCAUCACUCUCUAAUCUCCGACCCUCAAAUCCAAACCCAAACAAUCUCCGCCGUACGCUCGGAUCCGAUGCGCUAUCUAUA